AUGGUCUCGACUCGCAGUCAUCCACAAGACUUCCUUUCACAAGGGCUUGAUGACUCGAAAGUCAACUUGUCUUCAAUGACAUCUCAAAACGCCACUCAGCAAGAGAACCACAACCAAAAAGGCUGGUCUCACACGCCAUCACUCCUCACUCUGACUUGGCUCGCUAUAUCGCUGCCUCUGGUUAUUUGGGACACUUUCUAUGUGUUUCUUCGUCCACAUUCUAUGCCUGGCGGCAAGUACCAGAAGCCUCUCUGGAUACCUUACGAGCUCUACGGUCAGGUCGAUCACGUCUACGGCUGGCCUGCAUACAACUCGGGCAAUGGAUUCACUGCUGCUCAGUCUGGUGUGAACAUUGUCGAGUGUGUGGGUUAUAUCUACUAUCUCUAUCUGGUUUAUGUCCACGGCAGGACCGAAAAGAAUGUCCAGGGUACUGGUGCUCCCGACAAGCAGCAUGCUGGAAAGCUCGCGCAGAGUCGAACGGUGUACGGCAAGGUUGCUGCGCAAGCCGUUGUCCUUCUAUACGGUGUCGCUCUCAUGACUUUGAGCAAGACUGUGCUUUAUUNNGUAUGCUACACCGAUGUCCUGAUGCUUACCACGGCUAACAGUGAUGCAGGGCUCAACGAGGUCUUCUCUGGUUUCGCCAAUAUUGGUCAUAACAAUGCUUCGUCCAUCUUCUUCCUCUGGGCUCUACCUAAUGGUCUUUGGAUCGUCCUUCCCUCAUAUCUUGUUUACGUGUCCGCGAAAGAGAUUUUGGAAGGUUUGCAGGUUGCUGUGGGCGGUACCAAAAAGUCUCAGUGA